AUGGCCACACGAUCAGUCCCAAAUCUCACCAACGAGGCAGCUCUCGUAGCCUCGCAGGCGGCUCAAGAGAAGGCAAAGUCCAUGGGCAUUGACUUCAACAUCGCCCUCGUCGACGCUUCUCUAUAUCUCCUCCACUUCACCCGCAUGCCCAACGCAAAGCUCACCUCCAUCGACAUCGCAAUCAACAAAGCAUUCACAGCCGCAGGUCACCACGUGCCAACGUCUACCUACACCGCAUCACAAGCAGCAAAGAACUUCAUACCAGGCGGACCCGGCUACUCGAUCCACAACAGCAAUGGCGGGAAGUUCACGUUGAUUGGAGGCGGUCUGCCAAUUGAGCUGGAUGGUCGUGUAGUAGGGGCUAUUGGAGUGAGUACAGGUACGCCGGCGCAAGAUACGGAGGUUGCGCAGGCUGGUGUUGAUGCGCUAAACGCCUGGGUGAAGAGGAAGUCAGGGUCGAGACUCUGA